CUUGAACUUGAUUGGUCUAGCCUAAGAAGAGUCUUCACGUGUGGACAGAAAUCUCUUCAGUGAAGGGAACAACAGUCAGUUUUGGAGUGUUGAGGUGUUUAAAGACAAUUUUUUAUGUCUGUGUUAUUUUUAAGAUGAUACAUCAUUUGAAAACUUUACAGGAAAUGUAAACUGAAUUUGCCGUUGCUGAUGAAUGAACCUAAAUAUGAGAACCUAGCAAGUUUGGGAUAUACACUAGAACUAACGUUAGCGACUUUUUAUCUUAAAUAUUUGUCGUGCAACUAUUUUUGUAAAUCUUUAAAUUCAGAAUGCAUACGAGGGAAUGCUUGGUUUCAGCACCGGGUAAAGCGAUUCUGCACGGUGAGCAUGCUGUGGUGCACGGAAAGGUUGCUCUGGCUGUGAGUUUAAACCUGCGCACAUACCUGCGCCUGCAGUCCACAUCAGAUGCUAAAGUCUGCAUCAAUCUUCCCAAUAUUGACACAUUUCUGUCCUGGGAAAUAACUACACUACAGCCUCUUCUGACUGGAUGUGAAGCACAAGGAGACCUGAAGCAGGAACUUGAUGCAGAUUUUUUGAAGAGGCUCCGUGCGUUCACUGGCAUUUCAGAUGAUUCCACGGACACAAGAAGCAUGGCUGUUUUGGCAUUCCUCUAUAUGUACCUGUCUGUUUUUGCUGAGGCAGAGUCUCUGGCCAGUAUCACAGUGUCUGUUUGGUCAGAGUUGCCCACAGGAGCUGGGUUGGGCUCAAGUGCCGCCUAUAAUGUUUGCCUCGCUGCUGCCCUGCUGUCUGCCAGAGGGAUCAUAUCCUCUCCUCUCACAACCCAACAGGAAUCAGCUAGGUGGAGUAAAGAAGAGAUGGAGCUGAUUAACAGGUGGGCGUUUAUGGGGGAGAAGAUCAUCCAUGGUAACCCUUCAGGGGUUGAUAAUGCUGUUGGCACAUGGGGUUGCUUUUUGAGGUACCACGAGGGGAAUAUAACACCACUAAACAGGGUCCCUGUUCUGAGAAUCCUUCUGACUAACACCAAAGUACCACGCAGUACCAAAGUGCUUGUUUCUGGAGUUAAGGACAAAAUUAACAAGUUUCCUUCUGUUAUGAAGCCGGUGUUGGAGUCUGUGGAUGCUGUGUCCCGCACCUGUGAACAGAUUUUAACAGAGAUGUCUACACAUGGACCUUCAGCUGAGCACUACGACAUACUAGAGGAACUGAUUGAUAUAAACCAGCAUCAUCUUAGCGUGAUGGGCGUGGGUCACUCAUCUCUAGACACACUGUGUAGGAUCACUUUGGCAAGGGGUCUGCACAGUAAACUGACAGGGGCAGGAGGUGGAGGCUGCGGAAUCACUCUGCUACGACCAGAAACAGAUGCUUCAGUGAUCCAGAGCACCGCUGAGGAGCUGCAAGCCUGUGGCUUUGACUGCUGGGAGACCAGUAUCGGAGCUCCAGGCGUACAGCAGCAUUCAUCUGAUUCGCUCAAACAGGACAUACUGAAGAUACUUAACAGCUACUGAGACUCAAAGAAAAUACAUUCUCAUGAACAUGAGCACAGGUGCCCAUUGCUGCUGUUACUUUGGAUCAGCUGAGAUUUUAGGAAGCUCAGUUGGUAUUCCUGGUUCGACACACACCAUUCAGAUCGUACCGUAAUAGUUUCUUUCUUCUCGGAUGGAAAUGAGUUUAGAUUAGAAAGAUACAAUCUCUGAAAUAUACAUAUUGGUUAUUUCAUUUCUAAUGCGUUCUAAGGCAUUACAUGUGUUAUCAAUAGUGGACAUUCAAAGUAUUUUAAAAGUAUCUUUAUGAGUAUUUUUUUAUUUUAAGGAAACCUUUGCCUCCACUAUAUUUCAGAGAAAACAUGCUGUUACUCAUUAUUUUGAAGUAAGGAAAUAAAUAACCACCCACCAAUAGGCACCAAUAAGCAAGCCAGUGCAUUUUCCCCACUAUCAUAACUAGCCUCAAAUAUUAUUCACACUCAUAAUAUAAUUCAUAAUAAUAUCACAACAAGCUUUGAUCUACCUGUAUGUCUGUGACAUCUGUGAGAUCUCUCUCCUUAUAUAUUAUGAGCAAGUACAGUACUGUGCAAAAGUCACCACCACCACCAGACUUGUUGUUUUAGAUGUUUGAAUGUCCAUCCAUAUUUAUUUUUCAAUCUAUUUUAUUACGAUACAAACAGGAAAUAUGUACAAAAAAUAAAACAUUUCCAGGA